AUGCUCUUCACGACUGGCAAGCCACAGGUCGGGAUACUCCAGGGCACUCAAGGUCCCAUAAUAAAUAAGGAGCCGUUUAGCGAGUUGGGAACUGUGAGUUCGAGGGCUGUAGAAAUAAAGUUGUUGUCCCCAGAACACGCUUUCCUACUCUUCCGUCUACUCGUUGGUAGACGACAGGAAACGUCCAGUUUUGGCUUUCAUUUGAUUUGAUGCAAUCUAUCUAGAACUGCCGGAGCAGGUUCGCGCUUUAAUAUGGUUUACAUAAGAGCGCCCCAAACUCUCCAGCAGUCUACGGUUUCAUGAGCUGAGUUUUGGAAAUCAUGACACGUCAUCAGUUAAUGUUCUUCUACGUACCAGCGCAUUUAGGGGUUUUUUUACAAAUGACUAAGUAAAGCAGGGCAGAAGCAGCGCCAAAUGCGAGGCAACGGAAGAGCUAACCAAUGAAGACCAUGGGAAGGACAUGCCAGCUGUGAUUGGUGACCAAGCCCAACCAAACCUGACCGUCCGCGGACAAGACCGAUCAGAGGGUAGUCGCGGCAGGCAUUUAUACCAAAUUGGUACAGAAACUAAGACCGUUAAUUACCAAACAACUGCAAGCGAACGGGUGAAUGGUGAAGAUAAGAACACAACCCAUGUAUCAGAAGAACAUAUAGAGGAAUCGAACGCGAAGUGGUCUGCUAUGAAACGGAGUUGUUUGCAGUCUGUGGGUGUCAACUAAGCCUCCCAGAAUGUUGAAAUUAACAUUUUGCCGCUGAAAAUUGUUAAUAAGUAUUUUGCUGCCUGAAUGGGCCUAGGAAUACAUGACAACGGAAACUGAGACCUCGAAAAAGUAAGACAAUCGUGCGAAAAUGUAAUAAAAUGAGUCAUUGAUUCACCCGAAGUUGUGCAGUACUUAUUGUCUGAAUGACGACGAGCGUAGACUCGUCAUCACCUAGUUUCACUGGAUACAAUGUUCGAUGGGUGCGUCAGUACGUCAAAGCUUACCACCAUGCCACCAGCUGAGGCCUCAUUCCACUCGGAACAUGCAUAACCGGUGGGAAAAACGGUAAGUGUCAAGGGCGGAGGCCAGGAGAUUUACUUUCACAGAAAAACAUACUAGGACACAGUGAUAGGCAUCCCCCGUAUAACAGGCGGGUUCGGGUUAAGGUUUAAGGUGUUUGAACUUAGGUAGGUUUUGAAUUAAGACUAAUUGUUGAGUUUAUGUUAAAUUAAGGGUCAACGUUAGAGUUUUGACAGGACACGAGUAACCCAUCCUGGAGUUUAAUGCUAGUCCGUGUAGAUAAAAAGGUGUUAGCAAUGCUCUUAUCAUACACGCAGACGUAUGGAGUUGCUAAGCGGAAUCCGGUGUAGCUGUGUCCGGAAAUUAUUGCAGUUCAUUCGGUCUCUGUAGAUUGCUCGUUGCUUCUUCCGCCUAACAAUUAUUGUUGUACAUUUCGCACGACAUAUCCGGCUCCCCGUCUGUUUUCGUCCAGUCCGAUCAAACAGCAGUAGACUAGAAAGGGGACGACUGGUCAGAAAACUCACAUGAAAUAUCCAGCAACUUUGCACCAAAAAUCUUCGGGAAUCUGUGCGAGCUAAGCUCCGCUUCCUAUAUGCAAGUGCUCAAGGUUUGUUCCAGAAGCUUGAUGAGCUGAAAAUGUGGAUACCAGAUACGCAGUCGAAUGUCAUUUCCAUCACAGAGACCCCGUUACAGGCUGAAGUCUUGGAUGCCAAAAUUGUACUCGAUGAAUACCAACUUUUUCGCCAAGACAGGCUGCAUAAAAGCGAUGGGUGAUAACGCUCUACGUCAAGAGAGGAAUCACCGCGUCAGAACACAAACCUGAUUGCUCUAUGACUGUGAAGAAAUCUGGUUAAAACGAAAGACGUGUGGCGCACUUAAUCUGGAUUUCCUGACCGUAUACAAAUCGUCCAAUCCAACUCUUCAGAAUGACGAGACGAUGUUUGGGUUAAAUAAAUAGAUGAUGCAAAACCAAUAGACACUAAAAACCGGAGACUUCAGCGUCUCGAUGGUCGGCCGGAACGAUUUAUUAGUGAAUGGUUUGCGAAAUUUCUGUGACUAUGGGCUUUUAAAAGUAACGACUGGUCUCCUGUUCAAAUGUCAAGUUUCCAACCAGAAUGAGUGGCUUGAUGGGUAAAUUGUCUAGACCUCGUCCUUACAAAAGACCCAAUUAGUGCUGGCGAACUUAUACCCAUAGCACCGUUCGGUAAGUGUGGUCACGUCAUGCUGCUUUGGGAAUACCACUUAUAUAGCCAACCAAUGGAUACGAUUGAGCCUCAGCUGAAUUUUUGGGGAGGACAUUUUGCUGUCAUAAGAAGUGAAUUAUCGAUAGCGAGGUGGCAUGACGAUUUUAUCGAAUAUCUAACUGUUGAUUGGAAAGCUCUCUAAGGACACUAUGCAUCGAAAGUGUACAAUAAAAAGAGUCCAAAACGCUAAUCGUCCUGCCCGGUUAACGUGACAUAUAAAGAAAGAAGUAAGUCGGAAGAAUAAUUUUUGGAGAAGGUAUGUAACAACAAAACAACCUUAACAUUAUGAACAGGUUUGCCGAGAGCGAAACGAGAUAAGAUCGAAGAUCCGUAGGCCGCGGAAGGAUAAUGAAACCCGAGUUACGAAACGGGCCGUUCAUAAGCCAAUAGUACUUUUUAUUUACAUCAGCAUCAGAUUAAGCAACACAGGGGCGGUACCAGCGUCGAAAGGAGAAAACCAUGAGGCUAUUAUCGGAAAUUAUGCUACGGCAGAACACCUAAGCUGGUUUUUCGCAUUUGUCUUCACCAAUGAAACGGUCUUUGACGGGGCUGGAUUGCCUACUGUAACAACUGAUGAAACAAUGGAAAGCAUCGACUUCCCAGAAGAAAAUGCGAAGAGAGAAAUUCUAGCAGUUAAGGAGUAUAAGUCUCCGGGUCCGGACCAAAUGCCGACAACAGUUCUCAAGGAGCUGGUUUUCAAACUCGCCAGACCACCUGCAUAUUUUCCCGUUGGCCCUUGACCCAGUCAUUCUCCCCUCUGAUCGGAAGGUAGCGAAUAUAUAUCCCAUUCAGGCGGAUUUAGAAAAAGUCAUAACAAUUAUAGCCCGGCGAGCCUAACGUGUAUUUGUUGCUAUGUUAUGGAGAGAAUAAUCAGGAAGCCACUAUGAAUUUUGUUGAAGAAGAAAAUUUCCUUAAUAUUUCCCAAUAAGGCUUACGACGAAAUCGCUUCCGUUUAACAGAUAUGUCCUGUUCAAUGGAACAGUGGUCCCGCUCGUUAGAGGGAGAAACAGGAGUCGAUGUCGCUUACAUCGAUUUCAAAUAAGCCUUUGAUAUUUUUCCACACCGCCGAUUACCCUACAAAGUCGGAUAGUUGGAGAUAAUGGGUAACCUACUAAACUGAUCGGCCGAUCGCAGUUUGUGUGCAUUAGCAGUGCGAAGUCAACGCCAUGGCUAGCUGUGAAUGGAGUCUCCAGGGCUCUGUAUUCGGACCAGUUCUGUUUUUAAUUUAUGCCAACGACUUUAAGAAUGGGUUGGACUUCAAUGGAGUCAUGUUUGCCGAUGACGGCAAGUUAUGGCUGCUAAAGUUUAUGCUUGAGAAGUGUAACGCACCGCGACUCAAAAUGAGUGGGAAAACAAAGUGGAGGAUCACCAAUGCCUCCUUGGCGGAAGGAGCCUUUCGAAGGUAACCGAACAGAUAGAAAAGUGGAGACUGAUGAGCAGUUUAAGGCGUCCCUCCUUUCUAAAUUCUAUCAGUCCGUCUUCACACGAAAACCUAGUUCUAUAUUUACCCAUCCAUCUGUCCGUCAACCAACCUCCCCUCCUAGUUCUAUUACCCCUUCUACACCUUUCCUACCCUCAUUAACUGAUGAACCACUCAUUUCAUCGACCAUAGUUAGGGCGAACUACUCCAACUGAAACCUUCCAAAUUGCCUGGUCCAGAUAGAAUUCCCGCGCUAGCACUUCGUGAACUUGCUGACGAACUGUGCGAACCAUUGUCUGCAAUAGUCCAAAGGUUAUAUGAAGAAGACGAGCUCACGGAAGAAUGGAAAUGCGCACUCAUCACUCCGAUUCAUAAAGAAGGUGUAUGACUUGAUUGCGGAAAUUGUCGUCCCGUCAGUCUUACAUGCAUCGGGUGUAAAAUAAUGGAAAGCAUUAUCAAAAGACAUUUGAUGCAACGCUUGAAAAAAAGACAAAAAUACCGCGUGAUGCUCAACAUGGCUUUCGUCCGGGACGCUCAUGCCUGACGAGUGUCCUUUACUCGCACGGGAAAUGGACAAGGGCUACUGGUAAGAGUUAUAUCCAGUGGGUUUCAUAUUUUUUGACUUCAAGAAGGUCUUUGAUAGUGUCCUACACAGGCUUCUUUUAUAGAACUCAAGAAAGAAUGUUUAAAUAGAUCAGAAGUUUCCUGUUCUAAAGAGUACAAAGAGUGGUCGUUAGUAAAUCUACCUUCAAUGAGCAAAGGUGGAAAAUGGUGUCCCACAGGGUUCUGUUUUGGCCCAGUACUCUUCUCGUUCCAUGUUACUGACUGCAUCAGCGAACUGAAUUAUGAGGCCCUCAUGUUUGUGGACAACAGUGAAGACGAGUGCGAUGAUGUCGCAAAAAAGCUGCAUUUGAACAUCGAAUAACUGAGUGUUUGGUCAAACAGAUGGCUUUUUAAGUUUAACGUGUGCAAAUGCGUGGUCUAGCACCUGAAUACCGCCCGAAGUGCCUCUACAAAAUAUCAGUAUUAUAUUAACGGGACGGCGUCAGAUUAAUAAUAAUAAUCGUAUUUAAUUCCAGUUUACAGGCAUCGUCAAAAAAGCGUUAAACACAAAUCCGGCCAGCAGUGAAAAAAAAACUCCUGUCAAAAAGGAACAAAAAUAAUGUUGAUUGUGGUUUUUAUAGUCUGGAUGGUUCAGACGGAAAAGACUGCUGUCCAUGAAAUGACGACAGUCAGCAAAGGGAGGGUUAGCAUUGCAUCGGAUAUUAUCAGUGGCCAACUCUUUUCCUGAAGUCGGGACUGGUCCAAACAGAAGUACCGAAGAAUAGCUGUCGUUUUUGGCUAAAGAAAUUGUCCCUGGUGAUACCGGCCAUAUAGAUCAGAGACCACAAACGCUAUCGCUACGAUAUAGGCGGUCAGCGGAUUCAGCAUCCAAAAUUUGUUGGGGUUUUUCUGCACGCAAAAAGCGAGUAACAGUUCUCUCAAACAAAGUAUAAUUUUGCAGAGUUUGACAUUCUGAAUAGCAACUGCGUUUACAGAGAAGAACCGACGAUAUUUAACGGUACGUGCCAGAGGAAGGAAUAAAAAGACUUCACGGCAACUGUCACGUCGGGGGUUGCAAAAGAUGUCUUAAAGUAGUGAAUGGUUAGACAUAUGAUUGUAUAAAAACUUAAAUAGUAAAAAUAGUCCCUUUUUAUCUACUAAACCAUAAAGGAUCAAGGCCCGUAGUCCGGAAACGUUCUUGGUAAGACAAAUGCCGGUGUUUUGAAGUUAAAACUCUCUUGGUAAAUAAAAUGUCGAACGGAUUCCAACUUUUCCGCUCAGCACCACUCAUGAGGAUAAAUAAUAAUAAUUUUUUAUUAAAGGCCCGUCGGGAUCCCAUCAAAGCAAGCAAAAAUAAAUUUACAUAGAAUUUUAGACGAGGUAGGCAGUAUCUGUACAAAGUGCAACUCAUAGUUUCUGAAUUAGCGGUCUGUUGAGAAAAAUGACUAGCGAGAGGUGAAAAAACUCCACUUAAAAAUUUAAAAAUGAUUAGACUAAUUUUACAGGAGAAAAAAACCCUCGUAAGAAAAUAAUAACAGAAGAAUGCGGGCAGGCCUGAUUUGCAUGUAGCGGUAUGUAGCGGAUUAUAAUCGGACAUCGUCAGGUCAGAAAUAAAAACGAACAGUAUUCCAGGCCAGGUCGAACGUACGUGUCAUAAAGGCGCAUUCUAAUGUCCCCAGUUUUAACGUUUCGGAGGAUAAACCCGGUCGUUCUACGUGCCUUGGUGUAGGCUAUCGGGGCACAGUGCUCCGAAAGAUAAGAAUUCUUGGAGUACGAUACACCCAGAACCUUUACAGCUCCAGACAAAUUUAUUUCGUGACCGUCAAUACAUAGUUCAGGUUGGUAGUCCUCGCCAACCGCAAUGACUGAGCACUUAUGUCAAGAAAGAGAAGGGCGCCAUGUGCGGCACCACUGGGCAAAGGCUUGGAGGUCACUAUAUAGGAGUCAAGCACGAUGUCACGCUCUGCCGGCUUGUACCUGUAUGCAACCUUCAGAUCAUCGGCAUACAUGAAGGGCAUACCAUUCUGAAAUAAAUAUGGUACAUCGUUAACAAGAAGGCAAAAUAAUAGCGGGCCGAGUACACCAUCCUGAAUGACUCCACUCCUCACACAUGUGAGGUUGUAUAUAGCACUGGAAAUCUUAACUCGCUGUGUACCAGAGCCAGGUAAAAAGAUAUAAAAUUCAAAAGUGUGCCACCUAUUCCGAAAGUGGACAGUUUCAAGAGAAGAAGAGCACGGUCUACAUGAGGAAAAGUCCAACUUAAAUCGAAAUAGACUGUGCAAAGUGCAAAUCCGUUGUCCCUAGAUUGGAGAACAUGUUCAAAGGAAAAGAGCUGACAGUUGUCACAAGACCGAGGUUUGAGUAAUCCAUGCUGUGCAGCGUUCAGUAGGUUAUUCUCUGUUUAGUUAUACAUCAUCUUAUCUUUGAUCAAUGUCUCUAAGAUUUUCGAAACUGGGGGAGUGUGUUUAUUGGCCGAAAGUCACUAAACGACGUAGAUUGGCCAUGCUUGUGAAUGAGCAAAAUAUGUGAUCCCGCCCACAAGGUAGGAUAUAUUUCACUUUCAAGAGCGAGAUUAAAUAAAUUGCAUAAGAGGAAUGGGAAAAUUGCAUUUGCAUCCGCUUUUAGAAUGCCAACUGAGACACCGUCGGGUCCAGGACUAUGAGAUUGACGAAGACGUCGAAUGGUUACAGUCACAUCCCACAGAGUAAAAGUUAUAGUUUAUAGAACUGCCUCGGUCAGUGCCUGGAUGGUCGGCUGCGGAGUGGUCGAGUUUUUAAUAAACGUUUUGGACAGGAAAACAAUGAGACUAUAGAAACCAUUGAACAUGUAGAAAGACACUGAGAUCUAGGUGUAUUGACGACCAUAAAUAUACUGCCAUCAGAACAUUGCAGGAAGAUGGUCCGGAAGGCAACUAGUAAUUUCCACUGGAUCAGACUUGCAUUUAAAAUAUUCCCACCCGAACUCUUCGAAAGACUAUUGGCGUCUUCGUAAGACCACAUCUGGAGCAUGGAAUGCCAGCGACUUCACAGUGAAUGAGGAAGGAUAUUGACUUACUUGAACAGGUGAAACGCAAAGCAACGAAGAUAGUCGACGGUCCAAAGCAUGUCUUACGAGGGGAGGCUAAAUGUGGGUGGCUCAUUCUCUCUAUCCUAUAGGCAACUAAACUGCUCUAUACUCUGAACAUUCCGGAUUGUCCACGGGCAAGGUUGCUCCAUAAGAACAAAUAACAUUUUUGAUUUUGCUCGUGCACACCAAUUACGCGGUCUUCCCUACAAAGUCAAGAGUGGGAAUUUUUCAUUCAGCCAGCGGGUUAUCCGACCACGGAACUUGCUGCCAAGUGAGGUCGUGACGGCACCCACAAUUCGCCAGUUUAGAAGAAAGCUUGCUUACCUGAUUUUCGACAGAAAAACGUCGUUUGCACAGCUAGCUCUGUAAAACACUUUGUCCUAUAAAAUCUUCACGUACUGAAUUUCCGUGAACAAAUGCGCUUCCUUAUCAGUGCGGUUGUACUGCGAUCCGAUCACAUUGUAAAUCUUUGCAAAUGUAUUUUAAGUGUGACUCUGCGAAAACCUUGCUCAUAAAUAGGGUCUUCCUAGGUCCUGCCUUUAAACCCUUGAAUAUUUACAUACACAGACCUUGGGAUCAAUAUUUUGUCGUCUCUUAAACCCUCCUCUCAAUGCGUUAGGACAGUCAAAAUGGCAAUCCGUGUCCUUUUCGCCAUUAAACGAACCUUCGUAGAUAUCAACAAAUAGUUAUUUGAAAAAGAAUACGGAACGUUUAUUCGUUAGCAGUUGGAAUGUGGAAUCCAGCCGUGGCUUCCAUGGCUGAUAAAAGACUCUAUGUUUUUAGAAAGUCAGCAGAGGAGGGCGACCAAAUUGUCAAAGGCCUCUAGACUUUAAAAACUGCAGACUUGGUGAGCUUAGCCUAUUUCCUCUAGGGUAUAGGCAAAUCUGACGAAAUCUCAUGCAGACGUAACGAAUUGUAAGGAGCCAGGAUUGUGUCCUGCAUUUCCAUGAUUUCAUUUAAUGCGGUUCUCCGAUCACUUCGUUAAUAGGAGAAUGAGUAGGGAAGCACACUGGAGUCGGUCUUCAUAGGAAUCUGAACUAAACCGAGCCAGACUCUUAGUUAAGUUCUGAAUAGCAAGUCCGAACGAGCCUCUAUGAAGGAGGAGGAUAUCGCGACAAUGUGAUUUGCGAAAACGAAGGCUGAUUGAGCAUUCAUCGUGCAGAGGUGGACGAUCGAAAUAUCAAACCCCAGAGAAACGAGCCAAUUCUAAUCAAAUUCAAGUAACCAUCCCUUCUCUCAUUUUGUGGUGGGGUACCCGGUUGAGAUUGUCAGAAUCGACCGUCAUAUUCAACAGUGACAACUGUGGGAUUAUCAGCAGUAGUGUCGACGGCGCCAAAAGUAUUAAUAAUGACACUAUUCGUGACAGUAUUAUUACUAGCUGUAUUAUCAAGAGUGGCACUACUAACGGGAGUAAGGGCAGUAGUAAUGUCAUCGGCAACAUCGGUAGUAGUAGUAGUAGUAGUAAUGAUGAUGAUGAUGAUGAGGAGGAGGAGGAGGGAUAGGAGGAGCAGGAGUAGCAGGAGGAGGGUGAUGAUGAUGAUGAUGAUGAUGAUGAUGAUGAUGAUGAUGAUGAUGAUGAUGAUGAUGAUGAUGAUGAUGAUGAUGAUGAUGAUGAUGAUGAUGAUGAUGAUGAUGAUGAUGAUGAUGAUGAUGAUGAUGAUGAUGAUGAUGAUGAUGAUGAUGAUGAUGAUGAUGAUGAUGAUGAUGAUGAUGAUGAUGAUGAUGAUGAUGAUGAUGAUGAUGAUGAUGAUGAUGAUGAUGAUGAUGAUGAUGAUUGA